AUAUUUUGAUUAAACAGGAGAUCGCGGAGACAAAGGAGACGCCUCUACAUCACUCGGAUUCAUGAAAACAGAUUACGAAGCGUUUGGCGACCGAUUCGAGGCGGUUGGCCGCCCCGGCCCUCCCGGACCACCAGGCGAAGUGGGUUUAAGGGGUCCGCCGGGUAUUAAGGGAGACGCCGGACAAACAGGAGAACCCGGCGGCAAAGGAGAUGUGGGCCCAAUGGGUUUACCCGGACCUAUGGGCAUGAAAGGGGAGUCGGGAUCGGCCUCCUCCUCGUCCACCGAUCUGAUGGGAGCGCCUGGUUUGGACGGAAUCAAAGUGAAUUGGGACCGCGUGGAGAGAAAGGUGAGCCAGGCCUACCUGGCACCGAUGGCAUACCAGGCUUACCGGUUCGUUACUCAAAACCAUACCAACUACUACCGAUCCACACUAUCACACAGACACUAUCACAUCUAUCCAUUUUGUCAUAUAAAC